CACUAACGUUUUCCUACCCUGAACUGUGAUAGCCGUCAAAGGUAGCACACAGGGUGAAUGAAAGAUAAGCUUCUGCCUUUAUAUCCUUCCCUCCUGCUAACCAGCUGAUUGUGGUAAAAGAAAAAGAAGACAUGGGUAGAGACUGCAGCAUACACUUAGGACUGAAUUGCAACUGCAAAAGGAACAAGUGACCCUUUAAAGAUGCUUGUGGGGAUGCAUAAAGUAAAGAAGGAAACUGGAAAAAAACAAUGAAGUUUAAUAGGGAAAACUUGCUUUCUGCAAACAACUGAAAAAACUGCCCUUGGAAAUUAUUUCUCUGGCCCUCAUGGAAUAGCUAGAACUUGUACUGUGAGGCCCCUGAUGGGACAAACUUUCACCCGCUGAUCACCUAGUGAUUAUCGCCAUGGCCAGCAAGAGGAAAUCUACCACCCCAUGCAUGAUCCCAGUGAAGACUGUGGUGCUGCAAGAUGUCAGCACAGAAGCACAGCCUGCCGAGGCCUUACCAGAAGGACCCCAGCAGGAUUUGCCCCCAGAAGCCCCUGCCGCCAGUAGCGAGGCUGCCCAGAACUCCAGCAGCACUGAUGGCUCUGCACUGGCCAAUGGGCACUGGAGCACUUUGGAUGGCUAUUUAUAUUCCUGUAAAUACUGUGAUUUCAGAUCCCACGACAUGACCCAAUUUGUGGGACAUAUGAAUUCAGAGCACACAGACUUUAAUAAAGACCCAACUUUUGUAUGCACUGGGUGCAGUUUUCUGGCAAAAACCCCUGAGGGGCUUUCCCUGCACAAUGCCAAGUGUCACUCGGCAGAAGCCAGCUUUGUGUGGAAUGUGGCCAAGCCAGACAAUCAUGUGGUCGUGGAGCAGAGCAUCCCCGAGAGCACCAGCACUUCUGACCUAGCAGGCGAGCCCAAUGCCGAAGGGACCGAUGGACAGGCAGAAAUCAUCAUUACCAAAACUCCAAUCAUGAAGAUAAUGAAAGGCAAAGCUGAAGCCAAAAAAAUUCAUACGCUCAAGGAGAAUGUCCCCAGCCAACCUGUGGGUGAGACCUUACCAAAGCUGUCGGCUGGAGAAGUGGAAGUCAAAGAAGGGGAUCACUCCUCUGUCAAUGGAGCAGCUCCAGUCAGCCAGGCAUCUACCAGCUCUGCAAAACCCCUCCAUGCCACCAAUGGGCCCUUGAUAGGAACAGUGCCAGUUUUGCCAGCUGGUAUAGCACAGUUCCUUUCCCUCCAGCAGCAGCCCCCGGUGCAUGCCCAGCACCAUGCCCACCAAUCACUGCCCACAUCCAAGGCCCUUCCCAAAGUAAUGAUCCCUCUGAGCAGCAUUCCAACAUACAAUGCAGCCAUGGACUCAAAUAGCUUCCUGAAGAACUCCUUCCACAAGUUCCCCUAUCCAACCAAAGCCGAGCUCUGCUAUCUGACUGUUGUGACCAAGUAUCCAGAAGAACAGCUCAAGAUAUGGUUCACAGCCCAAAGGCUAAAGCAGGGGAUUAGCUGGUCCCCUGAGGAGAUCGAGGAUGCCCGGAAAAAGAUGUUCAAUACAGUCAUCCAGUCUGUGCCUCAGCCCACAAUUACAGUUCUGAAUACCCCCCUGGUCGCCAGUGCUGGCAACGUCCAGCAUCUCAUCCAGGCAGCUCUCCCAGGUCAUGUUGUAGGACAGCCAGAGGGCACAGCAGGGGGACUUCUGGUCACUCAGCCACUGAUGUCCAAUGGGUUGCAAGCACCAAGUUCAUCUCUCCCCCUCGCAGUGACAUCAGUCCCCAAGCAGCCAAGUGUGGCACCUAUUAACACUUUGUGCUCAAAUACAACAUCGGCUGUGAAGGUAGUCAAUGCGGCUCAGUCACUCCUCACGGCCUGCCCCAGCAUAACUUCCCAAGCCUUCCUUGAUGCUAGCAUCUACAAAAAUAAGAAAUCUCAUGAACAGCUGUCAGCUCUGAAAGGGAGCUUCUGUCGCAACCAGUUCCCAGGGCAGAGUGAAGUUGAGCAUCUGACCAAAGUGACUGGCCUCAGUACCAGAGAGGUGCGGAAAUGGUUCAGUGAUCGGAGGUACCACUGCCGGAACCUGAAGGGCUCUAGAGCCAUGAUGCCUGGAGAUCACAGCUCCAUCAUCAUUGACUCUGUACCAGAAGUGUCCUUCUCCCCAUCGUCCAAGGCCCCUGAAGUAACCUGCAUACCAACAACAGCCACACUAGCAACCCACCCUUCCCAUCCUUCUGCCAGACGACAAUCUUGGCACCAGACUCCUGACUUCACAUCAACCAAAUACAAGGAGAGAGCCCCUGAGCAGCUCAGAGUCCUGGAGAGCAGUUUUGCACAAAAUCCCCUACCUCUUGACGAGGAACUGGAUCGCCUGAGAAGUGAAACCAAAAUGACUCGAAGAGAAAUUGAUAGCUGGUUUUCAGAGAGACGGAAAAAAGUCAAUGCUGAAGAGACCAAGAAGGCUGAUGAGACUGUCUCUCAGGAGGAAGAGGAGGCUGCAGAGAAUGAGGGCGGAGAAGAGGAUUUGGCUACUGAGCUAAGGAUCUCUGGUGACAAUGGCUCUUCAGAAGUGCCCAGCAGCUAUGCCUUGGCAGAACGCAAAGUCAGCCCCAUCAAAAUCAACCUCAAGAACCUGAGGGUCACUGAAGCCAAUGGCAAGAGCGAGAUUUCAGGGAUGGGUGCCUGUGAGCCUGAGGAUGAUGGGUCAGGCAAGCUGGCAGAGCAGCCCCCGGGCAAAGUGAGCUACAAAAAGACAGCCCAGCAGCGGCACUUGCUGCGGCAGCUCUUUGUUCAGACACAGUGGCCAAGUAACCAGGACUAUGACUCCAUCAUGGCCCAGACAGGUCUGCCGCGGCCAGAGGUGGUACGCUGGUUUGGAGAUAGCAGGUAUGCUCUGAAGAAUGGCCAGCUCAAGUGGUAUGAAGACUACAAGCGGGGCAACUUCCCGCCAGGGCUGCUGGUCAUCGCCCCUGACAACCGGGAGUUCCUGCAAGACUAUUACAUGACCCAUAAGAUGCUGUUUGAAGAAGACCUGCAGAAUCUCUGUGACAAGACCCAGAUGAGCCCCCAGCAGGUCAAGCAGUGGUUUGCUGAGAAAAUGGGUGAGGAGACUCGGGCCGUGGCAGACACAGGCAGUGAGGACCAGGGCCUUGGUGCUAGUGAGCCUGCAACUGUUCACAAAGGGAUGAGUGACACCUUUUCAGAGGUAUCUGAGAACAGUGAGUCGUGGGAGCCCAGUGUUCCUGAGGCCAGUUCAGAGCCCUUUGACACGUCGAGUCCCCAGGCUGGACUUCAGCUAGAAACAGACUGAAUUUGAUCCGAUUACUGUGAAGGACUGGCCAGUCUGGGAUGCCGCCUGCCACGUGGAAGGGCCAAACCCAACUCUGUGCUGCCACAUGCCGUUCCCAUGCCUGGCUGCUGGGUACCCCAGAGAGCUUCCUGAGGCCUCGCAGACAGCCCAGAGCACACCACCACCGCCCUUGGCCUGCCCACCACCAAGCAAGCAGCAAGAACAGGAUUCUUGUCGGUUCUUCCUCUCACAACGUAGGACCCUUGCCUUCCAGUGGAUAUAACAGUUCCGAUUUCAUAUUCAUAGAUACCAAGUCAAGUUUUUAACAUAUACAUCCGCCUAUAUACGUUAAAUAAAACAUCAGAUUAUAAACAUUUUCA